AUGGACCAGGGCCGCUGUUUGCCCUUCGGUCCCUCCCCGGGCCCCAGGUCCUACCUCGCCGGACCCAAGCCCACCCCUCCCCCGCAGCCCCCCGCCCCCCGGUCCGCCCGCUCCCCGGCCUGCCGCCCCUCCGCCCUGGACAAGCCCCCGGCCCGGUUCCCGCAGGACCCCGGCUCGGCCCUCCCGGCCCUCCCGGUCCGGCGCUACUUCGACAGCCCCGCGGAAGUCGUCCGUCAACUUUACUUCCUCAGGUCAGUCUGGCCUCCACAGAUGAAUUUUGCUCAGAAUAUUGGCGCCGUUUUAGUUCACAUUUUGAAAAAUAAAGAAGAAAACAUUCCUGGUUAUAGGACAGCCGCCGUCGACGACGAAGAGAAGGUCUCCAAAGCCUCCGGCUUCCUCCCGCUGCCCCUGGGCUGCUGCGACCCCCUGGACGAGCAGCCCGAACUGCUGGCCUCCCCGGCCCCCCGCCUGCCUCCCGGCCUCCCAGACCCCAUGGAGCUGUCCAAGAGCAAGAGCAAGAAGCGCCGGAACCGCACCACCUUCAGCACCUUCCAGCUGGAGGAGCUGGAGAAAGUCUUCCAGAAGACCCACUACCCCGACGUCUAUGCCCGGGAACAGCUGGCCCUCCGCACCGACCUCACCGAGGCCCGGGUCCAGGUCUGGUUCCAGAACCGCAGAGCCAAGUGGCGGAAGCGGGAGCGUUAUGGGAAGAUCCAGGAGGCGAGAAAUCCCUUCCCUACCUCCUACGACAUCUCUGUGCUGCCCAGGACGGAUAGUUAUCCUCAGCUGCAGAACAAUCUGUGGUCCAGUCCAGGGUCUGGGAGCCCCGGGGGGCCAGGAGGCCCUGGCCUCAUGCCCCAUGAUGGGGUCCCUUCCCCCUGCAUGUCCCCAUACUCGCAUACCCACGGGAAUAUGGCUGGCUUCGUGGGGGUCCCGGCUUCCCCAGGCCCCCACCCCGGGAUCAACGGUCUCUAUUCACUCCAUGGCUUCCCUCCUGCUCUGGGGGGCCACGGCUUUGAGCCCGCCCCUGAGGGGGAGUACAAGCCUCCCGGUCUGGUCACGCUGCGCAUGAAGCCUAAGGAGCCCCCCAGCCUGCUCAAUUGGACCACGUGAUGGGGUGGUCUGGGUACCACACAUACUGAACUGA